AUGGUGAGUUCUAGUUUCACCAUAGGCAUGGAAGAUGGCGGGGUGACUUUGAGCCAGUUGCCAGGAGCCUGGGUGCGAAGGGCACACCACACGGAAGCCAUGAGCCCUGCCUGCCUGCCUCUCGUCUUCCUACUGCUGCUGGAGAGGACGUCUCAGGCCCACUUCCCCGAAGAAUCCGGGCCCAUCAGCGUCGCUCUGGAGGACUACUCUCAACAUCUUACUUGUAUUGUGGUGAUGAAAACUGGGAGCAAGUGUGGCCGGGAUAAUUUAUAUCGGAUCAGCUUGGAAUCUGCUACGGCCGGAGAGAUGCGAUACCAUCGGAUAGAAUAUAUUUUCCUUCCUCAGGCAGAAUGCCGGAAUUUUAUCAAAGUGCUGCUUCUCCGCAACAACAACGUGCUCUUUGUGUGUGGGACGAAUGCCUUCAACCCCGUUUGCUCCGAUUACAGUAUGGACUACCUAGAACCGAUGGGGGACAAUAUCAGCGGCAUGGCCCGGUGCCCUUACGAUCCCAAGCACGCCAACGUUGGCCUCUUUACAGGAGGGAUGCUGUUCACAGCCACGGUGACCGACUUCCUGGCCAUCGACGCGGUGAUUUACCGCAGCCUGGGAGACAACCCCACCCUGCGCACGGUGAAGCAUGACUCCAAGUGGUUUAAAGAACCCUACUUUGUUCACGCUGUCGAGUGGAAAAACCACGUCUACUUCUUCUUCCGGGAGAUCGCCAUGGAAUUCAACUACUUGGAGAAGAUGGUGGUUUCCAGGGUGGCUCGUGUUUGCAAGAACGACAUGGGCGGCUCUCAGAGGGUCUUGGAGAAGCAGUGGACGUCCUUCCUCAAGGCUCGUCUGAAUUGCUCCGUCCCAGGAGAUUAUCACUUCUACUUCAACGUCAUCCAGUCGGUCACAGAUAUUUUGGAGAUCGAGGGAAGGCCGAUGGUGCUGGCCAUCUUCUCCACGCCCACCAACAGCAUUCCUGGCUCGGCCGUCUGCGCGUACGACAUGGCGCAAAUCGCCUCCGUUUUCGAAGGUCGCUUCCGAGAGCAAAAAUCUCCCGAAUCCAUUUGGACCCCGGUACCGGAAGAGCUGGUUCCCAAACCACGACCAGGUUGCUGUGCGGCGCCCGGAAUGCAGCACAAUUCCUCCAGCCUUUUUCCCGACGAGAUCCUGAACUUUGUCAAGACGCAUCCUCUGAUGGACGAGUCGGUCCCGUCCCUGGGCAACGCCCCCUGGAUCAUCCGGAGUGUGGCUCGGUACCAACUCCGGAAGAUUGUGGUGGACAACGCAGCCGGACCGGGUCGGAAUUACACCGUCGUCUUUCUGGGCUCCGAUUCGGGAACCGUCCUUAAGUUCCUCAUCCGCGCCAACCUCAGCGCCAGCUCGUCUCCUGCCCGAGCCAGUAGCCACAGCCUGUUGCUGGAGGAAUUUGAGACCUACCCCAGUGACAAGUGUGGCAAGGACGCAACAGGUGAACGGAAACUGCUGAGCAUGGAGCUGGACAAGGCCACGGGAUCUCUGCUGCUGGCCUUCCCGCCCUGCGUCGUGAGGGCCCCCGUGGCCAGGUGCCAUCAGCACUCCACCUGUAUGAAGAAUUGUUUGGCCAGCAACGAUCCGUACUGCGGCUGGACGCCGGAAGGGUCCUGUAUUUUUGUGGAACGCAACACCAGGCUGGCGUUCGAACAAGACAUUGGGGGAAUCAAGACCUCAUACCUUGGUGACUGUGAAGGCCUGCUGACGGAAAGCUUUGUGGAUGAACCCAACGGGUUGGUGUCCGUCAACUUGCUGGUCAUCUCUUCGGUGGCUGCCUUCGUCAUCGGAGCGGUGAUCUCGGGCUUUAGCGUGUGCUGGUUCAUCGGGCAUCGAGACCGUAAGGAACUGGCCCGCCGGAGAGACAAGGAGAACAUCCUUGCGCAUGGAGAAUCCGUGGUCAGUGUCAGCCGGCUGGGAGAUCGACGCACCCGGGGACCUGGCAGCCAACCGGAGAACUUGUUGGCUCCGCUCAUGCAGAACGGGUGGCCCAAAGGAUUGAUUAAGAUGGGCCAACAUGACCUUGAUUCAGGGGUACUCCCCACCCCGGAGCAGACCCCCUUGCAGCAAAAGCGGUACCCCAAGCCGUGCAGCUGGGAGUACAGCCACAAUCUCAUUAACGCUUCUCUGCGCGGCGGAGAGCCGCCAUCCUCGGUUAUCCUUCUUCACGCGGGACACACCCCAGUGCCGUCGCACCUGAGCUCCGGACGAGUCAUCCCCAUUUCCUGCCACUCCGUGUUGAUGGACCAAGAACUGGACAGCGAGGGAGCAGACCUCUCGCUAGACAUGCGCUAUCUCCCGGUGAGCGGUGGUGAGGGACCGAGGGGUAUCCAAUCCCAGCCAGGCCCGCUGGUGCAUCGACCUUGCGGGACUCGGAGCUCGUACGGCAGCGAGCUGCCGAUCACGCCGCACGACAGCCCCGAUCGUCGGCGGGUGGUAUCCGCUCCGACCGGGGACACGGGCAAUCAGUGGAAUCCCGAAAAGCUGAACUUUAAUAGCAACAGCACGGGCAACAAGGGAAGUGCUCACCUGAGGCGCACCCACACGUUCAACAGUGGGGAAGGUCAGGCCCCCCACGCCCGAGCCCAGCGGACAUCGACGCCGGGACCCCAUCACACCCUCACAGACUACAGUCAUCUCUUGAAAUACAGUGGCGCCGAACGGACUCCAUCUUCGGUCAAAUAGGGCUGGUCAGGGGUGUGUGGCUUGGCUUGGCAACCUUCUUCCUCACACGAGGGGUGGGGGUUUUUGCUGCAGAGAGGAAGAGGAGAAGGAGGAGGAGGAGGAAGAGGAGGAGGAGGAAGAGCAAAGCAGGAAAACAACAGUGAGAGAUGCUUGAUUCCCUCCCCCGCCCCCCAGUAAGUGGCUUGGAAGGACCGGAAUGCCCCACUUCCCAAAGCGUUCCAGAUCUGCGCGAGAUACAACAAAAAAAAGGAGGUUCUUUUCUUCGUGUGUGCGUGUGUGUGUUUUUGGGGUUCUCUUCAUCCUGGCGCUUCCUCAUUGGAUACUUCCUUGCCUUUGCA